AUGCCGAAUCGUGUCCGGAACGAGCUGAUUGCUACGAUAGCGGAGUUCGUCGGUACCUUUAUGUUCCUCUUCUUCGCCUUUGGAGCAGCACAAGUUGCAGAUGCUGCAGCAAUCGUUGAGAGCGGCCCCAGAACACAGACGAACAACUCGAUAUCGCAAGCACCAAACACGUCGGCUCUGCUGUACAUCAGUCUUGCUUCUGGUUUCUCCUUAGUCGCCAACGUCUGGGUGUUUUACAGGAUAUCAGGUGGCCUCUUUAAUCCAGCCGUGACAUUGGGCCUCUACCUUGUCGGCGCUCUUAAACCGGUACGGGCAACUUUGUGCUUUAUUGCCCAGAUCCUCGCUGGCAUUGCAGCCGCAGCGGUCAUAUCGGGAAUCCUUCCUGGGCCUCUCAAUGUCACCACGACUCUGAAUAACGGCAUGUCAAUUACACGCGGUGUCUUUUUAGAGAUGUUCCUUACCGCCGAACUAGUCUUCACUGUCUUCAUGCUGGCAGUGGAGAAGCACAAAGCCACGUACCUUGCCCCAGUUGGCAUCGGUCUCGUACUGUUCAUUGCCGAAAUGACAGGUGUCUACUUCACCGGCGGAUCGUUAAAUCCCGCUCGAUCCUUCGGCCCUGCUGUCGUAACUGGCCGGUUCGAAGGCUAUCAUUGGAUAUACUGGGUCGGCCCCUUCCUCGGUACCCUCAGCGCGUACGCCUUCUACGAGUUGAUGAAGUUCUCCGAAUAUAAAACGGUCAAUCCAGGGCAGGACCUCAACGAUCAAGAGGACAAGUUCUUCCAGCCGCCGGAAGACCCAUCGACAGCGGAGCAGGUAGAAACACCGAACGUGCCGGCUCAAAUGGCAGACCAGAUUGCGGAGCGGGUAGCGCUGGCAAUCGAUCGACGUUCACUCGAUAUCGCCCUCGGCUAG